AGUUUCCAGCAGAAGUUCUUCCACAGUAAAGAGAUCAUAGCAAUCAGCUGUUCCUGGUGCAAACAGGCAUUCCAUAAUAAGGUGACAUGUUUCAUGUUGCAUCAGAUUGAGGAGCCGUGUUCUCUUGGGGCUCAUGCAGGAGUCAUUGUACCUCCCUCCUGGAUCAUCAAAGUCAGGAAGCCACAGAGCUCGUUUAAAAACUCCACCCGGAGGAAAAAAAGGACCUCGUUCAAAAGAAGGACCAGCAAAAAGGGUACAGAUUGUGUCUUUGUAUGUGUGUCUGCACUAACUUUUUUAUGGUUUUGUCUGCAGGAGUCUAAGUGGCGUCCCUUCAUGCUAAAGCCUCUCCCGUCCCCGCUCAUGAAACCUGUUCUGGUCUUUGUAAAUCCCAAGAGUGGAGGUAACCAGGGAACCAAGUUGCUACAGAUGUUUAUGUGGAUUUUGAACCCUCGACAGGUGUUUGAUCUCUCCCAGGGAGGGCCCCGAGAGGCUUUGGAGUUGUAUAGGAAAGUGCCAAAUCUGCGGAUACUUGCCUGCGGGGGAGAUGGAACGGUGGGCUGGGUCCUCUCUGCUCUGGAUGAACUUCAAAUGAAUCCUCAGCCCCCUGUAGCCAUACUUCCUCUUGGGACAGGAAAUGACCUCGCCAGAACGCUCAACUGGGGAGGGGGCUACACAGAUGAGCCAGUGUCAAAGAUCCUGUGUCACGUGGAGGAUGGGUCAGUGGUGCAGUUGGACCGCUGGAACCUGCAGGUGGAGCAAACGACUGCACAGCCAGAGGAAGGAACUCAGAAGCUCCCCCUGAACGUGUUCAAUAACUACUUCAGCCUUGGCUUUGAUGCCCAUGUCACUCUGGAGUUUCAUGAGUCCAGAGAAGCCAACCCUGAGAAAUUCAACAGCCGUUUCCGCAACAAGAUGUUCUAUGCAGGGGCUGCGUUCUCAGACUUUCUGCAGAGGAGCUCCAGAGACCUGUCUAAGCAUGUCAGAGUGGUGUGUGACGGAACAGAUCUCACACCCAAGAUCCAAGAGCUGAAGUUCCAGUGCAUUGUCUUCUUAAACAUUCCCAGGUACUGUGCAGGGACCAUGCCCUGGGGCAACACAGGGGACCAUCGUGACUUUGAACCACAGCGCCAUGACGACGGCUGUAUCGAAGUGAUUGGCUUCACCAUGGCUUCCCUAGCGGCACUGCAGGUUGGUGGGCAUGGGGAACGGCUCCACCAGUGCAGGGAGGUGACUCUCACCACCUUUAAGACAAUCCCAGUGCAGGUGGAUGGAGAGCCAUGUCGCUUGGCUCCCUCCACCCUACGGAUCUCCCUCCGAAACCAAGCCAACAUGGUGCAGAAAAGCAAGAGACGCACAUCAGUACCUCUGCUCAACGAUAUUCAGAAAGUGUGUGCGGCUGACCUGCGCCGUCUCUCUGCUCCCCCUGACUCCUUCUCUGUUCCACAUGCAAUGCCUGAGCGUCUGCGCUUGCGUGUCAACAGUAUUAGCCUGCAGGAGUAUGAGAGACUUCAGUUUGACAAAGAGCGCCUGCGAGACAUCUCCAUCCCAGUGGGGAUUGUGGUGGUUAGAGGAGACUGCGAUCUAGAAACUUGUCGGCUCUACAUUGACCGACUGCAGGAGGACCUGCACCAAGCGCCUCCUAGUGGUCAUAGAGUGCACUAUCAGGAUGAAGAUAGAAGCCUAACACGGCCAGGUUCUUUGCAUGGACUGUCUGCCAACUGGAGUUUUCUAGACUCCACAUCUGCUGAUAGGUUUUAUCGCAUAGACAAGGCUCAGGAGCAUCUGCACUUUGUGACUGAAAUCUGUCAGGAUGAGAUGUUCAUCUUGGACCAUGAGGCUCCGGCGGUCACUCAAGGCAGAUCUCCAGGGAUGCCUGAUGUAGUGACAGAGCCCAGUUCAGGAGUUCCUUUAACAGCUGAGGAACAAGCUUUGCUGACAGCUGCCAGUUCAGGAGACUUGAUAAAGCUGUCCAGCUUUUGGAAGAGUGGGGCUAGUUUGCUUGUUAGAGAUGCGAGGGGCUGCACUGCAUUGCACUUGGCUGCCCAGAAGGAUCACGCUGAAGUAGUCAAAUUCAUUCUGGAGCAUGGGUCAAAGUUGAUCUUGGAUUUAACUGAGAAAGAAACAGGGGAAACCGCUUUACAUAAAGCCGCAGCUCAGAGAGGUCACACAAUAUGUCGGCUGCUUGUGGAGGCAGGGGCAUCUCUUGAGAAGACCGACUUCCAGGGAAAGACAGCCAAGGACAAGGCCCAGGAAGCUGGGGACUCAGAGUUGGCCUCCUAUUUGGAGAGCCCUCACACUGGCCAGACUGUAGCACAUGAAGACCUGGAGACAGCUGUAUGA